UGUGACCGCGUGUGGGAGCAAGGUCACGCAGCGUGCUAUUUUGCUGCGUGCACUGCUCCAGCCCAGCAGCGUCGCAGCUGCCGUCGUGCUCCCUCCCUCUCUCCAGCCUCCCGGAGCCUCCCUCGGCUCCACAGCAGCCCCGCACCGCCCCGCAGCGCCGCAGCCAUGGCGGACAGCGCCAGCGAGAGCGACACGGACGGCGCGGGCAGCAGCUCGGCCACGCCGAUGCUGUCCUCCUCCAGCUCCGCCAAGCCCAGCAUCGUCAUCUCGCAGUUCCGCCUGGAGGAGCUGACCAACCGCCUCGCCUCGCUGCAGCAGGAGAACAAAGUGCUGAAGAUCGAGCUGGAGACGUUUAAGCUGAAGUGCAAAGCGCUGCAGGAGGAGAACCGGGACCUCCGCAAGGCUAGCGUCACCAUUCAAGCAAGAGCUGAGCAGGAGGAAGAAUUUAUCAGCAACACCUUGUUUAAGAAGAUCCAGGCUCUGCAGAAGGAGAAGGAGACCUUGGCAGUCAACUAUGAGAAGGAGGAGGAAUUUCUCACCAAUGAACUGUCAAGGAAACUCAUGCAACUUCAGCAUGAGAAGGCAGAGUUGGAGCAGCACUUGGAGCAGGAGCAAGAGUUCCAGGUUAACAAGCUCAUGAAAAAGAUCAAGAAAAUGGAGAAUGAAACCAUCUCGAAGCAGCUCACCCUGGAACAGUUGAGGCGGGAGAAGAUCGACCUUGAGAACACAUUAGAGCAGGAACAAGAAGCCUUGGUCAACAGACUGUGGAAGCGUAUGGACAAACUGGAGGCUGAGAAAAGAAUCCUUCAGGAGAAGUUGGACCAGCCUGUAUCCGCUCCUCCCUCCCCAAGAGACGUUUCCAUGGAGAUAGACUCACCAGAGAACAUGAUGCGGCAUAUCCGCUUCCUGAAGAACGAGGUGGAGAGACUUAAGAAAAGCCUGCGCACCACUGAGCUGCAGCACACAGAGAAGCGGGCUCAGUACAUAGAGGAGGAACGUCAGAUGAGAGAGGAGAACAUCCGGCUGCAGAGAAAGCUUCAGAGAGAAAUGGAGCGCCGGGAGGCCCUGUGCAGACAAUUGUCAGAGAGUGAAUCCAGUCUGGAGAUGGACGAUGAGAGGUACUUCAAUGAGAUGUCUGCACAAGGUUUGCGAGCGAGGACUGUGUCCAGCCCGAUCCCCUACACCCCGUCCCCGAGCUCAAGCCGACCCAUAUCACCUGGUCUCUCAUAUGGGACUCACACAGUUGGUUUUACUCCUCCAGCUACACUGUCCAGAGCUGCAAUUUCCCACUACAACACCCCUGCCCUGCACAUCCACGGAAGCUCUCAUGCCGUAACAAGGCCCUCCCCAAGAAGAAGCACCAGCCCCGACAAAUUCAAACGUCCAACACCCCCACCUUCUCCCAACACACACUCUGGGGCCCAACAGGCUCAGCCUCCACUUCCCCCACCAGCCCAGCCCAUGGUUCAGUCUAUGUCCUCCCCAGCAGCCAUGUCACAACACGCAGCAGCACCACAGCAGCCUCCCUCCCAGCCUUAACGCCACACAUGGUCUCUGUCUUUGCACACGAGUGCGCCCACUGAAUGCCACGAUGCUACCGCAGCAACUUCCAUCAUUACCAGCUCUGGAAGUGAAGUGUCCUACUCUUAACAAAGUCCGCAAAAGACUCCGCUUCAAAAGGUUUAUGGGGAAAAGAAACAAGAUGGCACCUCGGCCUUGAUGAAAGGAAGCCGCCUGCCAAAUCCUCAUGUGGCGUUACUUAACUACUCUUAAAAGGAAUGGAUGGACUUGAAAAUAAUUGCUUCUGGGAUUUGUAGGAUAAUUAUUUGUUCUACUUUUUUUUUUUUUCCUUGCUUGGGACUUUAGCCGGUCGGAAUUGUUGUUGUGGCGCUUCUAAAAUAGCACAAACAGCACAGUCAGUAUGUUUCGUGGUGGCGUUUUAUGAUAGGUUGGAUGUUUGGAUCACUGGAUGGAUGUAUGCUUACAGAAAUGGUUUGACAGAUGGUCAGUUCUUUUCAUGCCUGUAAUAUGACACUCGAUAGCAGUAAUGUUCUCCACUCCAGCUCACCCUUUUGUCUUUGAAGCAGUGUCAACAAUUCAUCCCGACCCCAAGUUUAUCGUGGCUUUGAUUAAGUCAGUAUAAAAAGUGUCAUAGAAAACCGCUUGGAGUUUCUCCAUUAUAGGGCAUUGAUCAAACGAUGCAGCAUUUAUUUUGGUUUCUGAGAACAUUUCAGAGCUGUGCUGCUUGGCUCACUUGAAACGGGGGGGAAAAAAGCAUUGAUGAGGAUGGACACUGGUACAUAAACCACAGAUAAAUGUCGCCUUUUGGGGUGUUUAAAAAAAGAAAAAGAAAAAAUAGUCUGAGGUGUUACAACUUAGUCAUGUACUUGGUCUCUUCUCUGAUCUUCUCUCUCUCUCUGGUGUAUUUCUGAAAGCUUCUAUCAUUCUAAUGGAUAUUCCUCAUCAGAAAAAGAAAAAAAAUAACGCUCUUUACACUAAAUAUACAUACUGCUAAAACAUUCUAAUUGAAUGGUACUGUUGAACUAAAUUUCUAUGUAUGAUUAAAGCUCUUGAGAUGA